AGAAGUGCGGGCGGCACAUGCUAGAGCUUUGGGGCCCCUUUCCCUCUAGUAUUGGACUACAGGAGUUCUUCCUUCUUGGAUGCUUUCAUGUGACAUAGCAUCCCAAUCCCUUGAAAAGGAGGGGUCUAGAGCAGGGUCUGGCAUGGGAACGGGGUACACAGGGAGGGACAGGUGGGUGGAGAGGCUGUAAAAGUGGUAUGAAAAAGAUACUUCCCAGUUCUCUGUUCCCUCCCAGGACUCUUCACUGGCUUCCCUUUUCUUACUUUCCUUUGUCUUGCUGGUUGCAGAGUCUGUUUAAGAAGCUUAAAAGAAUCCUUUAUGGGUUAUGACCUAGUAGCUAGGGAGAUGGAGGACGCUAGGUCUGUGUGUCCCCAUGCCUUUAACUCUGCAGAAGUCAGUGCUCAAAGGAUCUUGGUAAGACGUUUUGUCCAUCCCUCUAGUAGACACCACCCAGGCCAGUCUAGAAACAAACAGAACCAAGGAAGGGGUCGAGGGGGCUCUGCUGUCCGGCUGGCUGGCCCGGGUGUGGCAAGCGGGACGAAGGCGGGUCCUCGGCUGGCGCGGCUGUGCUGCCCCCUGGUGGCUGCAUCUGGUACGUCCAGAGUCAAGCCUUCCAAGCGCCUUUUUGGGCCUGAUUGUGUAGCAGGAAGGAGAAUCGACUUAGGAAAAAGGUGGUCCUUGGAAAAUGAGAGUUCGUCACGUCCACUCCCCUCGAAGGAAACUGGUCUCCGAAAGGUGGGGGGAGAUAAAGCUAUUCAAAUUGGUGAAAAGCCACCCGCCCUGAUUCCAGCGUCCAGCUUUACCGUCGUUUUACGACACCUCGCGGGCUUGCUUUCCGGCAGCGUGGAUGACGCCUCGCUCACUUCCGACAGCGCCGCGCAGGCUGGGGCGAAUGGCCGCUGGCGGGGUUCAAAGGUUCGAGUCCCAAUUCGGGAAUGAGCCUCUUUGACCUUUUCCGGGGCUUUUUUGGCUUUCCUGCACCUCGGAGCCACAGAGAUCCCUUUUUUGGAGGGAUGACUCGAGAUGAAGAUGAGGAUGAUGAGGAAGAAGAAGAAAGCGGCACAUGGGGCCAUGGAAGCCCAAGGUUUGAUGGUCCCCAUCCCUCUGAGGAAUUUGGCUUCGGCUUCAGCUUCAGCCCAGGAGGAGGGAUGCGUUUCCACGAUAACUUCGGCUUUGAUGACCUAGUACGAGAUUUCAAUAGCAUCUUCAGCGAGAUGGGGGCCUGGACCUUGCCUUCCCAUCCUCCUGCAUCCACCUGUCACCUUUCUGUAGAACUUCCAGGUCCCCAGUCAGAGACACCUGGUGAGAGACUGCAGGAGGGACAGACACUUCGGGACUCAAUGCUUAAGUAUCCAGAUAGUCACCAGCCCAGGAUCUUUGGGGGGGUCUCGGAGAGUGAUGCAAGAACCGAAUCCUCAAAACCAGCGCCAGACUGGGGCUCCCAGAGACCUUUUCAUAGGUUUGAUGAUGUGUGGCCUGUGACCCCCCAUCCCAGAGCCAGAGAGGACAAUGAUCUUGAUUCGCGGGUUUCCCAGGAGGGUCUUGGCCCAGUUCUGCAGCCCCAGCCCAAAUCUUAUUUCAAGAGCAUCUCUGUGACUAAGAUUACUAAGCCAGACGGGGUGGUAGAAGAGCAUCGGACUGUGGUGGACAGUGAGGGCCACAGAGAGACCACAGUAACCCGACAAGAGGCAGAUAGCAGUCCUAGAAGUGAUCCAGAACCACCAAGACCACCAACCCUAGAUGAUGCCUUUUCCAUCCUGGAUUUAUUCCUAGGACGUUGGUUCCGGUCCCGGUAGCCUUGUUAAACCAACCCCCAGAGGCCUUUGGAUUCUUUCCACCUCCACCCAUUGUCCACCAUCAAUAAGCUCAGCUCCGUCUCCUGCCACCUCAGGAGCUUGGAGAUGUGAAACGGUGAAUUGGGAGCAUGUCAGUAUGUCACUCACCCAAACUGGCCAAUAAAAAAACCUUUAUUUAUGCUAA